AUUUUUUCCUCAAAAGUGUGGGUGUUUUUCAUGAAAGUAUAUACGCCCCAUAUAUAAAUAAGCAUUUUUAAAGGACUUGAUGUGCGGUUGCUGCUGCUGCGCCAUUUUCUCUGUUCUGCUUGACAGUCGCGAAACUACGUCAACAUGCCGAAAAAACGCCGGUUUGGAAAGCUGAUUGAUCUCCUGGAUGAAGUUGAUGAGAGUGGCGAGAGUCCGGCCACUGUCUUCCUGUGUCCUCCUAACGUGCGUGAGGACAGCGACGCCGACUCGGGAGACGAGGACGGAGGCGGUACCAUCGACAACCUCAACCGCAACCUGCUGCAAGCAGAUGCUGAACUCGUCGGCCAAGAGGACGGUUCUGACGACGAAGCUGCUGAAUCGGUCGCCCCAACCAGCCACAGGUGGGGCAAACGAGAGGUCGCUUCAUUUCUGAAGGAGCGAGAGGAAGCUUGCCCAUACCCACAGGUGAACUUUUCGAACAAGACACCCGUUGAAGUACUGAGCUUCUUCUUGGAUGACGAGUUCUAUGCGCAACUCCUUCAGGAGACACGCCGAUAUAUCCAGUGGAGAGGGAAGAAUGUCCAGGAGCCCUCCAUCGCCGAGCUGAAGGCUGUCAUGGCGAUCCUGUACUUCUCGGGAUACCACAACGUGCCGAACCGCCGGGCCUUCUGGUCGACAGACCCUGACCUGCACGUGGAAUUCGUCUCCCGGAUCAUCUCGAGGAACCGCUUUGACGACAUCCUUUCGGUCCUCCACUUCGCUGACAACCAGCGUCUCGACCCCAGUGACAAGAUGGCCAAGCUGCGACCUCUCUUCAACAGCAUGCAAGACAAGUUCUUGCGAGCUUUUCAGAGAUCGCCAUCUUCCACAGAACUGGACGUGGAUGAGAGCAUGAUUCCCUACUAUGGCCGUCACGGGUGCAAACAGUUCCUGAGAGGGAAGCCCAUACGGUUUGGGUUCAAGGCGUGGUGCCUUAACAGCCCAGAUGGGUAUCUACUGACCUUCGAAGUGUACCAAGGUGCCAGCGGAACUGCUCAGCGUCCAGACUAUGAGGCCGCCUUCGGGAAAUGUGGAUCAGCAGUGAAGAUCCUCAUAGACAGAAUGCCGAAGGAGAUGCGCAUGGACGCACUGCACAUCUUUACGGACAACCUCUUCACCAGCCUUCCUCUGAUGAUGGCGCUGAAGGAGGAGGGAAUCGGGCACACGGGAACCAUCCGCCAGAACCGCCUCCGAGGAUGUCCGCUGAGCUCGGUGGCAGCGAUGAAGAAGGCUCCCAGGGGAGACACCUCUGUCGCCGUGGAAACGAAGCAGGGCAUCAACCUCGUCAGGUGGAAGGAUAACAGCGUGGUGACCGUAGCAUCUACGGUAAGCUCGUCCCGAACUGUGGCUGAAGUUCAAAGAUGGUCGCGACGAGAGAAGAAGAGGAUCAAGGUAGCUCAGCCACAGAUGAUUCAGGACUACAACUGCGCCAUGGGCGGUACCGACCGCAUGGACCAGAACAUCGGCGCGUACCGCAUCGCGAUCCGACAGAAGAAGUUCUGGUGGUGCAUCUUCUGCUGGCUUCUGGGGGCCGCGAUGCAGAACGCCUGGCUGCUCUACCGUCAGCAUCAUCCAGGCGAGAAUCAGAUCAACUUCAUCCGAGCCAUCGUCCGGUAUCACCUGGCAGAGACGACGAAGCCACCAUCUGGACGUCCAAGUUCCGCGUCGAGUCAGCAUCGCGUCCCAGCCAGCAUCCGCUACGAUGGUAUCAACCACCUGGUCGUUCCUCUUGCCAAGCAGGGAACGUGUGCAAACAAGGAGGGAAAGUGCAAGAGCCACCCGAAGACCGCCUGUCGCAAGUGCCAGGUGCCGCUGUGCGUGGCGUGCUUCGUGCCGUUCCAUGCGACCUGA